AUUCAGCCGAUCUGCAUCCAGUAUCAGGGCUGAUUACUCAGCGUAAUUGUUACUGGUACCACUACAGAAAUUCCACAGACCUUUUUGACCCGGACAGGAACGGACACAUCACACAUACAGAGUAUGGAUGCCAAGGCAGUCUUCGCAUGCUUCCUCCUGGGCGUGAUCUCAGCGGCAGCUUCAGACCUAACAAUAGAGACCAAUGUGGUGGAGUUGGUAGAAUUUCACGGAACGAUAAAGACCCCGAACUACCCUGAAAACUACCACGACGACUACGAAGGGAUCUGGGAGUUGAACAUCCCUCAGAUAGGCGGCAAAUAUACCUUUGUCCUGAAUAUUGAGGCGAUGGACAUAGAGGGAUCUCCUGGACAUUGCGCUGAUUACAUCAAAAUAGACCAUAAGGAAUAUUGUGGACAGUCACCUAUGACAAUCAGGGUUCCAGACAUCGAGUACGGGGUUGUGAUUGACUUCCACACGGACAUCAGCAUCACAGGAAAGGGCUUCACAGCAACUUACGACUUUGAACCGCAAUAUUAGGGCAGCAUGUCAGCACUACAUGGACUGAGGUGGAUCACUAUCCGUGACAUCGAAAUUAAAAUCGUUUGAGUGUACCAUUAUCGGAUUUAUUCUUUAUCGGUUGAAAUAAAAACUGCAGUUAGA